CGCUGUGGCCACUGUCAUUCGUAUCCGAAUAAUCGAAUGAUUCUAUAUGACCACUCGAGAUAUCUCGAGAGAUUUUCAUAAUCGAUAUAAUCGAUAAUUUUCAUUCGAGUAGUCCCAUCACUAUAAUAAAGUAAAACUUUAUACAUUAUAUGUUUUGAGCUUUAUACUCUGCUCACACAUUUCUCUUUCACUGUGAUUUAUUAAUUGUGAUUGAUAUACGAUUUUUAUUUUUGCAUCAGACUGCAGGUCAUCUUCAGAAAAUGAUUGAUCCAAUUUACAUUAAUUUAAUAGCUGAAGUUGAAGACGAAGAGCGAAGAAGAACAUUGCGAAUGGAAAGAAGACACCUUAGAGACCAUUCAAAUGUUUUUGAACUCCCAAAUGCAGAAUUUCGAAAAUGUUUCCGCCUAAAUAAGGAUCUGGUUAAUCAAUUAAUUGAAGAACUUACACCCCACAUGAAUUCUGGCCAACGCAGUACCAAAGUGCCAGUAGUAGGCCGCAUUUUAGCAGCUUUACGAUUCUUUGCCUUAGGUUCAUACCAACGAAGCGUUGGAAAUGAAUCGAAAAUUUCAAUGGCACAACAAACUUUUAGUUCAACCCUAAUGGAGGUAUGCAAUGCCAUUGAAAUAAUUGCUCCAAAUUGGAUAAAAUUUCCUACAACCCAAGCAGAGAAAGAUGCAAAAAAAUUAUCAUUUAUGAGGCAAUUUGCAUUUCCAGGGGUAGUGGGUUGCGUUGAUUGCACUCACAUUGCGAUUUUAGCACCUACAGAAGAUGAACAUCUGUAUUUUAAUCGAAAAAGAUAUCACUCAAAAAAUACUCAAAUUAUCUGUGAUGCAAACCUCGAAAUACUAAAUGUAAAUGCCAAUUUCGGAGGGGCAACACAUGAUGCAUUUAUUUGGCGAAAUUCAAAUAUUAAACAAUAUUUGCAAAAUAGUUAUGAAAUGGGCGAACAAAAUAGUUGGUUGCUUGGCGAUAGUGGCUAUCCACAAGAACCAUGGUUGAUGACCCCACUUGUAAAUGCUGUAGCAGAUUCACCAGAGGGAAGGUAUACUACAGCUUUAGUAAGAGCUCGGAACUGUGUGGAACGAUGUAUAGGUACCUUAAAAAUGAGAUUUCGAUGCCUUUUAAAAGAGCGUGUACUUCGCUAUCAUCCUUUAAAGCAGGACAGAUUAUAAAUGCUUGCUGUGUUCUACACAAUAUGUGUGUGAGGGCUAAUGUUGGUAUUGAUGAAGAUGAAUUUGAGAAUGAAAUUAUAGACCCAUUUUUUCAACCAGAAUUAGCUGUUGGAGAAAUUUUCCAAUUAGGGCAACAACAGAGAAGGCAAUUAAUUAAUUUGUAUUUUCAAUAAAGUUUUAUCAAGUUGAUAACUAA